ACUUGGCUAGCAAUGGCUGUGUGGUUCCUUUUAUUAUUCUUAUUCAUCCAAAUCCUUUCCACUACCGGCGCCACCUCCUACACUCCAGUCGAUCAUUUCGCAGUUAACUGUGGUGACUUCGGCUAUACUCUGUGGACUCAUCGGAACUGGACUGGCGACAUUGGCUCUACACUGUUCUCUCUCAUUGAAUCCUACAACACUACCCACUCAGUCAAAGCCCACGCACCAGUUAGGAAAGUAAUCCCCUACGGGACUGCCCGAUUCUCUCACUUCGAAUUCUCUUACUCAUUUCCAGUGACCCACGGCCCAAAGUUUGUUCGCCUUCACUUUCACCGAUCUUCCUACCAAGGCUUUCUUCAUUAUGAUUCUCUCUUCUCCGUCAAAGCAGGAUCCCACUACCUUCUUAAGAACUUUAACACUUCACUUGCCGCCGACCACGCUGGGCAAGAAACCAUUUUACAAGAAUACUUCGUCAACGUUGAACCAGGUCACAGGCUAAACAUAACCUUCAUGCCCAGCCUAUCUCAUCCAAAGGCCUAUGCUUUCAUCAAUGGGAUCGAGGUCGUCUCUAUGCCCACCUUUCUUUAUUACACCAACCUAAACAACCCACAUGGGAUGCUGCUAUUUGGUGGCCGGAAGUUUUCGAUCAAGAACAACAGUGCUCUGGAGACUCUGUACAGAAUCAAUGUUGGUGGGAGGCAGAUACUUCCCAUUGAGGAUACUGGCAUGUUUCGAAAUUGGGACCCAGAUAAUCCAUACUUGGAGAGGGAAUGCCCAUACAGUGUAUCAGCAUUUUUUGGCAAUUCCAGUCUAACCUACAAACAUGGUCAAAAUUAUUUUGCACCAGAUGUAUUGUACCAGACUAUGCGAAACUAUGGGAUGAACGAAACGUCCAAAUUUAAUGUGACCUGGGAGUUUCAAGUGGACUCAGAGUUUUAUUAUAUGGUAAGAUUGCAUUUUUGUGAGUUUGACGAACACAUUCAAAGUGUUGGAGAGAGAGUUUUUCAGAUCUUCAUAGAUGAUGCUUUGGUGGAACCUGUAGCGGAUGUGAUGAUGUGGAGUGGUAAUCAGCUUCUGGUUCCUGUCCACAGGGACUAUGUGGUUUCCAUGCAUGGUGGAGGAAUCUUGAAGAAACUGAAUCUUUCAAUCAAGUUGCAACCACACCCAUAUGCAAGAAGCACUUACAGAGAUGUUUUAUUGAACGGUAUUGAAAUUCUAAAGAUAAUUAACUUCAGAGACCAUGUCGAAGGUUCCAGUCCCAAUCCACAUCCAGCUCCCUUACUGCCAUCCACAUUACCAUCGAAAACAAGGGUAAUUUCCAUUGCUGUGGGGGUAGCUUCAAGCUUGGUGUUGCUUUCUCUUAUUGUUUUGAUUACUUCCCAGGCAUUAGCUAGAGGUCCGGUCAACCAAGGGAGUUCGUGUUGGGGACAGAAAACAUUAGCCAUGCCCAAAAUCAACAAAACCCAGGGAUCAUCGUUUCCAUCUGAUUUGUGUCGCUGCUUUUCAAUAGAAGAGAUAAGAGCAGCCACUAAUAAUUUUGAUGAUAUUUUUAUUUUGGGUGUUGGAGGGUUCGGUAAUGUGUACAAAGGUUUCAUUGAUGAUGGUAGGGUUCCCGUCGCCAUAAAACGACUCAAACAAGGUUCACAACAAGGGCUCGACGAGUUUCAGACUGAGAUAGAAAUGCUCUCACAAUUUUGUCACUUUCAUUUGGUAUCUCUCAUUGGUUAUUGCAAUGAUGGAGAUGAGAUGAUCCUCGUCUAUGAGUUCAUGGCUGGUGGCACCCUCUGUGAGCAUCUUUACAAUUCUAACAAUCAACCACUUUCUUGGAAUCAAAGGUUGGAGAUUUGCUUAGGUGCAGCGCGAGGAUUGCAUUAUCUGCAUACGGGUGCAAAACAUGCUAUCAUACACCGGGACAUCAAGACGACAAACAUCUUAUUAGAUGAAAAAUGGAUGGCCAAGAUUUCAGAUUUUGGAUUGUCUAAAGUAGGACCCGAGGGUAUCUGGAGAUCUAACAUCGAUGUAAGCACAAUGGUGAAAGGAAGUAUUGGAUAUUUGGAUCCAGAAUAUUACAUGUGCCAAAGAUUAACAGAGAAGUCUGAUGUGUACUCGUUUGGAGUGGUGUUGCUAGAGGUAUUGUGUGGGAGGCCUCCUAUCUUGCGUUCAGUGGAGAGACAACAACAAAGCUUGGUAGAUUGGGUUAGAAGAUGUGCUAAUGUGGGUGAGAUUCAUCUCGUGGUUGAUCCCUUUGUGAGGGAAAGUAUGACACCAGAGUGCUUAAAGGCAUACACUAAAAUUGCAUUGAACUGCCUAUCUGAUGAUGGGAAUGAACGGCCACCCAUGGGUGAUGUGAUGUUGGACCUAGAGUCUAUGGUUGAGAUGUCAAUGAAAGCGGAGGAGCUAACACUUGGUAGGUCUCAAGAGUGUAAAAGCAUGGAGAUUAGUGUUGAAGAUUGAUUCGCAAUGAUGGGCGCACAAGAUGAAAUUCUGUUCUUUUGGUGUAAAUGUACAAUUGCCAGUUGCUUAGAUAAACUAGUUAGAGGGUUGGUCUAGCUUAACUAGGUAUCUUGAGUUUGAACCCAGGAUAUGCAACAUUGAUUAAUUAAAUUCUUGGUUGGAUAUAUGCCCCCUAAAGAGUUGCCAGCAAGCUGACUGGAUUAGUCUGGGUCAAAAAUCUUGGAUACUAGAGGGAAAAUAAGGUACAAGAUACAAACUUUUAGCCGUUGGUUUAUUUAUGGCUCGAACGCGCGUGCUUCUUCAUCUUCAGUCCCAGCAGGCUUCUUCUUUUUGGUUUAUUGAUGUUUUUGCUGUCAUUUAGGUUGUUGUAGACUAUAAAAGCAGAUGGUCAUAUUGCUGAAUUAUUAGCGUGUAUACUUAUUUUUGU